UCGAUCACCCUCAGCCCCUCACCGUUGGCAGGCAGGCACGGGCGGCAAUGGCCACCGCGAGUGCGAGUGCGAUGACGGGGCACGAGCCGCAGCUCCCUCGGCGCCGGCCCGCGUCGUCGUGCCCCAACUCCAACUCCAACUCCAAGCAGAACCGGGCCAAGCCGCCGGUGGUGAUCGCGCACGAGUGCCCCAGCGCGAUGCGUGCCCACGUGGUGGAGGUGCCCGCGGGGCGCGACGUGCUGUCGUGCGUCUCCGCGUUCGCGCGGCGUGGGCGUCGCGGCGCGCUGGUGCUGGGCGCGGCCGGGCACGUCACGGAUGUGGUGCUCCGGGAGCCCGCGCUGGUGCUCCGCGGCACCAUGGAGAUACUGAGCCUGGCCGGCUGCUUCUUCCCGUUCCCGGGGCCCGGGUCGGCAGCCACGGGGACGGCGGUGUUCCUGGCGGGGCCGCGGGGCAGCGUGCUGGGCGGCGGCGUUGCGCUGGGAGGGCUGGUGGCCGCAGGGCCCGUGGUGGUCAUGGUGGCCACGUUUGUGGCCGCUGCGCUGGACAGGCUGCCGUUGGCCAAGGGGGCGGAGGAGGCCGCCGGGAAGGGCUGUGACGAGCAUGCGCACCACCGCCACCGGGCGUGCGGCUGGGCGGCAGUCAUGUGCCGAAAGCAGCGGCAGCAGCUUGGCGCCAAUAGCUGAUCGAAAGCCUUGCUUCCAUCUCUGGCGAAUUUAAUCAACUGAUUGAUUGAUUUACAGCAACUCCGUUUACAUUUCCUAUAGUACUACAAUUCGAGUUUAAACUUGACCACGGACCAUUAUAUUCACAUGUUGUUUGAAACGGGCUCCUCUCUAAAAGACCCGCCCCGUACAAGGACAUUCAUGCAAUAACUAAGAAUAUUAAUGAUGAUUAGGAUGCAGUUAGUAACUUGCAUUGUAUGGGUAUGAGAUAUUUAGAGAUUAUUAAUGACUAGCAAAAUAUGUCUGUGCAUUGCACCACGACGUACAACUUUCUGAGCAGUUACACAUGGACGACAUGCAAUUUGGAGAUUUAUGUAAUGGUCACAUUAUCUACUCUAAUACAUUUUGGAAUGUACUACCUAGAUAUGUGUUGUUGUAACCAGACCCGUAUAUUGGGCAGCGCAAAUUGCACAACCACACUGA